ACCCGCCCGUACCUCUCCCUUUCUAGGGACUGUUUGUUUCUUGGGAAAAUUUUCCUCGCAACUUUCAUUCGAUCCGACUCUUUUCCUAUUCUUCAAUAUUCUCCGAGCCUUUCCGUACAAUCUCAUUCCUCAAUCUCUCUCCUUAGGUCAGCUUGGAUGUGAGAUGGACGAUAGUAGGCAACACGAAACUGGAAGACAUAAAGUAGAAUAUUACAGAGGCGCACACUCUCCGUGGAACAUGAUGACCCAACAUCAAGUGAAGGAACCAAAUGCAUUAGUCAUGAAUAAGAAGAUCAUGUCCAUAAUUGCUGAGAGGGAUGCUGCCAUACGAGAAAGGAAUGUAGCAUUGUCUGAAAAGAAUGAAGCAUUAGCUGAGAGGGAUGAGGCCCUCCGGCAGCGAGAUCAAGCACUCGCUCAGCGGGAUUCAGCCCUAAUGGAAAGAGACAAUGCCAUUGCAGCCCUUCAGAUUAGAAAUAAUUCCAUGAACAUGCCGGUGAGUGGAGUUCAGCGUGGAGUGAAGCGCAUACAUCACCCUUCAAAUCAUCUGGCUAACAUGACUGAAGCUACUUAUAGCUCAAAAGAAAUGCAAAUAACUGAUGCCUUCCCUAUUACAGUUAUAUCCUCCGAAGCUAUUAAGUCAGGUCAGGCAAAGCGAACGAAGGAGAACAAGGCUAUGUCAUCCAAGGAGCCAAAGCCUCCACGGAAGAAAGUAGCGGAGGAUUUGAACAGGCGGGCUUCUUCUGAUGGUAUAAAGUAUAGAACAGAGUGGGAUAGUCAGGAUGUGGGCUUGAACCUCAUCACUUUCGACGAGUCUUCCAUGCCAGUGCCAGUUUGCUCGUGCACUGGAGUUCACCGGCAGUGCUACAAAUGGGGGAGUGGCGGAUGGCAGUCAUCAUGUUGCACAACCAAUAUGUCAAUGUACCCACUUCCUCAAAUACCAAAUAAGCGGCACGCAAGAAUGGGUGGGCGCAAGAUGAGUGGUGGUGUUUUCACAAGAUUGCUCAGUCGGUUAGCAGCACAAGGCCACGAUCUAUCAAUACCACUAGAUCUAAGGGAAUACUGGGCCAAACAUGGGACAAAUCGCUAUAUCACAAUCAAGUAGCUUGAGAAAAUGACCUCGGAGUAUAUCGUUCAAUUUGAGCGCCACAAUCUUCUCUUGUGAUGCCGCUUAAAUUUCAACUAAUUUCUUCCAUUCGCAAAUGUGGCUCGAUCAACUGAAUCAGAUCAAAAGAGGAGCUUCUCGAUAAAAGGGUGGAAUGGUGCACCUUUGUUUGGCAUAGAUUACUUUAUGAUUAAAUCCAGGAUUUCUAUGCCAUUGAGAGUGAUUAGUGUAAAGUAUAACAGUUGUAGACAUAGUAGUAUAGUUGACUCUUUUAUUCCCCAUUGCAAGUUAAAGUCACAUGUAAUCCUUUGGACAGAAUUGUCAGAUUUUUCAGAAAGCAGGGGAUAGAUCUUCAGACUGAAGGCUGCUUUCUGCUUAUAGCUAGCAGGGCUUUCAGUGGUGGGCAUGGGAGGCACCGAUUGUGACUUGUUUAAGACCUUUAAGGUUUAAAUGGUUGCAUUACCAUUUGAUUAAUGAAGCUUAAUGAUUGUAGCA